CGUCAUACAUACAAUGAACGGUAUCUUCCUAUGCGAUUUUGAACACAGCCGAGGCACAUAUUCCCCGCGCGGUGUAUUCUGGGAAGACACAGCAGUUUCAAGAUGGCGGCGAGCAGGAGGCUGGGCAAGGAACUUGACGAGAUUCGCAGGUCUGGAAUGAAAAACUUCAGAAACAUUCAAGUCGAGGAAUCAAACCUGUUGUCAUGGCAAGGGCUCAUCGUUCCUGACAACCCUCCUUAUGACAAAGGCGCGUUCAGAAUCGAAAUCAUCUUCCCCACGGAGUAUCCCUUCAAGCCCCCCAAGAUCACAUUCAAGACAAAGAUCUAUCACCCCAACAUCGACGAGAAGGGCCAGGUGUGCUUGCCUGUGAUCAGUGCAGAGAACUGGAAGCCUGCCACCAAAACUGACCAAGUAAUUCAGUCUCACAUCGGCACCUUUUUUAAAUAUGAGCUACCUUUGUACUCAUGUCGUUGCCCGGUCUCGUCCGCUGACAUCAAAGGGCGUCUAACGUCAGUGUAACU